AUGACGCGCAGGAAAAGUGAAGCGCGAGCAAACAUCGCGUCCCGCUUGUCAUGCCAUUGUGAGCUCGUCACAGACAAGAAUAUCAAAGGACACUUGACGACAUCCUCUCGCUGUAUCACAGAAAGUAAUCACAAGCACGAGGGCGAGGAGGCUGCAAUUUCGAGACUGAUGUGUGCGGGUGUGGAUGCAGGUGCAUGUGUUGAUGGGCGCAUGUGUCUCAUCGACAUGGAAUACCCGGAACUAUCCACCGCCCCGUACUUCAUGGCCGUCGGGAACCGGAAUGUUAACACGACGGUCGGACAGACGGCUUACCUGCACUGCCGCGUCGCGCAGAUCGGGGACAUAGCGCAAGUCUCGUGGAUCCGGAAGCGGGAUUUGCAUGUCAUCAGCUCUGGCAGCGUGGUCUUCGCGUCCGACCAGAGGUUCCAGGUGCUGCACCCGGAGAAGUCGGAGAACUGGACGCUGCAGAUCAAGUACGCUCAAGAGAGAGACUCCGGCGUGUAUGAAUGCCAAAUCAACACUGAACCGAAGAUCUUUCUGUCUUACUUUCUCACUGUGGCUGAGUCGCGCGCGCUGAUCCUGGGCCCCGGCGUCGUGAAGGCGGGCAGCGCCAUCAACCUCACCUGCUCCGUCAGCCAGGCGGGAAUGGAAGGACUCGUGUACUGGUACCGCGACCAAGAGAUCCUGGACUACGAGGGGCCGGUGUCCAUCCUGACGCAGGAGACGCCGGAGGGAACCACGUCGCGCCUCACCAUCAGGGACGCCGCGAUCUCAGACUCCGGCAACUACACCUGCUGGCCCACCUCGGCGCAGCCCUCCUCCGUGCUCAUCAACGUCGUCCUCGAGGGAGAGCAGCCAGCGGCCAUGCAAACUGGUGUGGGCGCGCACACCUGUCCUGCGUCGCACCUGCUGUGGGUGCUGUUGCUCUCUCUCGCCCUCACCCUUCUGCCUGGGCCCAGAUGA